GAAAAAAAGAAAAAUGCGUAGUUGCUGAUAGUAUGUUACCAUCUCCCACACUUGGGAUAGCUGUUAAUAUUUUCUUUCGCAAUUUUUAAAUCAGAUUUUUAAUCAUAUAAUCAUAAGGUAGUAUCGAAAAUAGUCAACUCAAAUCUAGGUAUGACUGAAUGUACACUAUCCGAAUUAGGUAUUUCUGCGAAAUAUACAAAAGACUUUCUCACAAAGCUAGGAAACCAAUGGCACACUGCUAAAAGAUUACAUACUCCUCGUCUAUUCUCUUUACUUGCAUUAUCACAAAUAAUUGAAGAAUUUCAAGGAGCUGGAAUGACGGCUUUGUCAUGUAUUGAUGCAGUUCCAGGUCUCGGGAUGUCUGGAAUGAUUUGGGCGAAACACUUCGGAAAAAAUGUUUCAGUUACAAUCAAUUUACAUGACGCGAUUUAUAUGAAAAAUUGUUUGGAAAAAAAUCUGAAAAAUAACAUUCUUGAAAACAAUGUAUCUAUUGUAUGUAGGAAUCCGAAUUCUUUACUACACGAAUCAAAUAAAAGAUACAACAUGAUAUAUCUAGAAGCAUAUGGAACAUGCGUAAGGUAUCUUGAGGCUGCUUGUUUUUCUAUAUGCCACAGAGGUGUAUUAUGUAUUGUUUCAACAGACCUAUGCACUUUGUAUAAUAAAUGUCCAGAAAGAGUACCAAGAAUCUAUCAUGGGCAAGCAAUGAAACAUGAAUAUGGUAAAGAACUUGCUGUAAGGCUCAUUUUAGCAAAUGUAGCUCGUUCUGCGAGCAGAUGGGACCGUGGAAUAUCUGUACUUUCAUCUUAUGUGGAUGAAAAUUCCAUUGUUCUUUUAGUUAGAAUUUUAAAAGGUGCCACACAUGCUAACAAAUCAUUGGAUUUUAUACAAAGAGUCGCUCAUUGCAGAGUUUGUCAUUAUCGUCAAAUUUUGAAUGAAAAAUUGUACUAUGUUCCAAUGCCAGAUAUCACCGACUGCUUUUGCAAAGAUGGAGGAAUCACCGAUGAAAAUGUACUACCACCGAUUGUAAUGUUAGGUCCAGCAUAUAUUGGACCCAUAUUCGACAUUCAUUUUGUGAUUCAAAUGGCAAAAACGCUUACCCAGAUUGAUAGUAAAAAUAAACUUGUGCCAGUCAUGCAAAAUAUGACAUUGGAAAGUUUGUGUCUUGAUUCUGAUGAGCAAGAAGUUGAAAUUAUUAAACUUUACAAGGAAAUAAUUGACACUGAGAAAAUGUCUAAAAGCCAAGAUGCUAAUGAGCCGUCUGCCAAAAGACUGAAACCAAAUGAUAGUUUAGAAACUAUUAUUCGAAAAUAUUCUUCUAAACUUGUCCUUUUCUACUAUAUUGUUGAGUCUCAUACUAAAAAAGGGUCAAAUCCUUUGAGAAUUCUUGCUUCUAUUCAAAAGUUGCGGUCGGUUGGAUUUCGGGCUUGUGGAACGUUGUUCGAUCCAAGGGGAGUUAGGACUACUGCCUCUCCCAGAGAAUUUAGAAAAGUAAUUAACAGCAUAACAUCAGACUGAAAAUAUUGACAUUUUUUGUCUUGUGAUUUUAAUGAAAGCUGUAAAAAAAUUCCUUUCUAUGCACAAUAGAACAGAAAUUUUUCAUCUUUGUUGUGAACCGAAACUAGUAGUUGUUUAACCUUAUGUGAAAAAAUUCGUGCAGGAUCCAAAAUGCCUUACCUCAAUGGCCCACUUGUCAGUGAAUUUUGUAGUUUAUUUUUAUGGAGCAUUGAUAUGAGAUGAAUAGUUACAUAUUUACCUGAAUUGGGUAUUUUUAGAUUUUAUUCCAUUAUACCUUCUCAAGCUCUCAAAAUGUGUUUUGUAGUUAUAGAUUUUAUUCGA